GCAGCAGCAGCAUUUGCAGCAGGUUGUUGUUGAAAGAUACGCCAGCGCCAUGCACAUAGAAAACGGCUCGAGUAGUCAACCAAAACGAUCCAGUGCCAAAAAUCGCAGCGAGCCAAAAGCGUGAGCACCCCACAAUCCUGUCCAGAUCGAAUGCGGCAAACGCAACAAUUGGCCAGCAUUUAAAAAGACACUCGCUACACAAGAGAGCUAAAGAUAGUGACAGAAAGAGAGAGAGAGGAAGGAAGGAAGAUCCCCAACUAGUCAGGCGCUAAGCAGUUGCAUUUAUUUUCGAUUGUAAUCCAUCAAGAUCAUCGUCGUCGGCGGGCAACAUGGGCAACAAGAACUCGUGCUGUGCUUACUCGAGUCCACAGUCGGAUCGCAAAUCGAAGGAUAUACCGCCAGUGUUCGAGGAGCGGCAUACAGUGCCGCAUACAUCGCAGCAUCAGUUGGAUGGCCAUCAUGGUUCCGGCGGGGUUGCAAUGUCCGUGCAUCAUCAGCAUCAUCAGCACCAACAUCAUCAUCAGCAGCAGGGCGGCAGUGGCAGCAACGAUAACUUUGAGAAUCAACAGAAUCUGCAGCACAUCUCAGAGCGUGAGGCGCUCGAGGGUGAGGAGGAUCCAUCGGUGGAUCCCACAGCAGCUACAAUGUUUCUGGAGCGAUCCAAAGUGGAGAACGGUGGCAUGUCCCGCAAACGUUCCCAGCAUCAAAUCGCACAACAGAACAGCGGAGGCGGUGCCAACACUCCAGGUGCGAAUAGCUCGGGUGGCGGUGGCGGCGGCAUCGGCACCGGUGGUGGCCUAAAAAAGAGCUCCUCCUGCUCGACAAUCUAUUUGGACGACAGCACCGUGUCGCAGCCGAAUCUAAAGAAUACGGUCAAAUGCGUUUCACUCGCUAUUUACUAUCACAUUAAGAAUCGUCAGUCGUAUCGACGUCUGGACAUCUUCGAUGAGAAGCUGCAUCCGCUGACGCACGACCAUGUGCCCGAGAACUAUGACACACAGAAUCCGGAGCAUCGCCAGAUCUACAAGUUUGUCCGCACUCUCUUCAAUGCCGCCCAGCUGACGGCCGAGUGUGCGAUCAUCACGCUCGUCUAUCUGGAACGCUUGCUCACCUAUGCCGAGCUCGAUGUGGGACCAUGCAACUGGAAGCGCAUGGUGUUGGGUGCCAUACUGCUUGCCUCAAAGGUGUGGGAUGAUCAGGCAGUGUGGAACGUUGACUACUGCCAGAUACUCAAGGAUAUUACGGUCGAGGAUAUGAAUGAGCUGGAGCGACAAUUUUUGGAGCUGCUGCAGUUCAACAUCAAUGUGCCCUCCUCCGUUUAUGCCAAAUAUUAUUUUGAUUUACGGACGCUUGCUGAGGCGAACGAGCUCAAUUUUCCGACAGAGCCGCUGUCCAAGGAGCGUGCUCAGAAACUGGAGGCCAUGUCGCGUGUCAUGCAGGACAAGGUGACAGCCGAGGCGCUCAAGAAUGGCAUCAAGAAAUGGUCCUCGAUGGACAACAUCAGUCAGGGCGGUCCGCGGCGCAGCGUGGCCAUAUUAUCGUGAUUUAUAUUAGCUUAUUAAAAACUAAAAACAAGAUGAAAACAACUGUAUUCUAUUCUGUAGACGCCGUAGCGGUUCCACACUGUCCUUACCACAAAACAGAAACAAAAAAAAAACUAAAAUGAUCGCCUUUAACUCGA